CCAAAAUGUUCUCUCCUUGAAGUUCGAUUGGGAGUUGCCGAUGAGAUAGAAGACUGAUGUCACAUCCUCUAGCUGUUUGGUGAAGGUCCACUGGAUACUGGUGUUGUUGCCUUGGGUUGUCUUGCGCGUAAUCCAGUCUAUAGAUAUGAACAUACUGUAGUUUUACUUUCAUCUGCUGUGACAGUGGUUUCUCAUCCACCACCUCCAUAUUCCAUUUCAUACUGACUUUAGGCUUGAAAACCUAAGAGAUAUAGGCUUGGCUGUUUGCACUGCUUAAAAAAUACACACACACACAGAUGCAAUGAAGCAUACACACUUGCGACUAUAGCUACACACAUUAUUCACCGAGGAGCAUACACGAUAGCGAGAUUAAUGAUGUAUGGUUGAGAAGAGAGAGUAGGAGAUGAAACAUUGACACACAUUUUAACCUUUUCAAUCCCAGAUAAAGAUGAGGGCGGGUUACAUAUUUAGGAAUUACUUUUAUUCUUCUUCCGCAGUAACACCUCCAUGUAAUUUCUGUCAAGGUGUACAGCCUUAGAUUCACAUCUUCAUCCACUGUUUUUGUUCAGGGAUAAUGUCAGUCCUCCUUGGAUUGAAUAUAACAUGUAUUCGUCCGCAUCAUGUUGACGACGUCGCCCCAGCGAUGUUUACUUGUCGUGGUUCUGAGAAAGAUGUGCGCAGGUAUAAACAACAGUUGUGCAGCUUUUUCUCUUAAAAUUAUCGCUUUGUUGAAGCCCUAAUGUAAGAGGUAAAGGUAGUCCUGUAAAAUAUCUGUCGGUGGGAAGUGAUAGCUUUCAGCAUUUCUAAACACAAUUAUUUCCCUUGCACGUAAGGGAAGUUACACAGUAAGUUCCGGUGUUUACCCACACUGCCUUUCGUUUCCUCUGGCAAAAUGGCGCGAGAAUGCAAGUAUCGAGAGAUGUGCGAGUUGUUCCUCAGCGAUUCGGACGAAGAAAUGGAGCUGGAAGUUGGAGACGACGACAAAGACGAAGACGAAUGUUUUUACGUAGAUGCGAAUUCAUCUUCAGAGGAAGAUGAAGAAGAAUUAAAUAACGGAAAUCGAUCAGCAGACCAGUACAUGACCGAAGUAAUUGACGAGGAUGAGGAAUAUGAUGUAGAAAUCGACAAAGAUUCAGACUAUUGUGACUCAGAAACACCAAGUCUCGUCGAACAAAACGUUCCUGAGAAUGUGCCUGCUUUAGAAGAGGGCGAUCUUAACCAUGAAUGGUGUAAAAACCUUCGUGGUUUUCCCACGAAGCCAGAUUUCAUCGCCAGGCCAGGUUUGCAGGGCCCACUAAAUCUUCCACCCUGGGAAGAUUGUAAACCCAUUGACUUCUAUAGUCUAUUUAUUAGUAAGGAACAGAUCAAAAUGAUGAAGGCACAGACAAAUUUAUACGCUAGACAGAAGAUAGACAAGGUUAAAAAAUCUAAUGUUUGUGUUACAGCGAGGUCAAAGAUAAAUACUUGGAAGACUGUUCGGAUCCACGAAGUAUAUAAUUUUCUCGCAAUAAUUGUACACAUGUCUGUUGUUCACAAGCCCAGAAUCAGUGAUUACUGGGCAAAACGUCCAUUUGUACAGACAACAUUUCCUUCUCGGAUAAUGAAGCGGGAUAGAUUUCUGAGUAUUCUAGCUAAUUUUCAUCUUAAUGAUGAUUCUGCAGCAGUGCCAAAAGGGCAACCUGGUUAUGACCCUCUUCACAAAUUGAGACCUUUCAUAAACCAUUUGAACCAUUUAUUUCAGACUACAUACAUCCCAGAGCAACAUAUCAUCAUUGACGAGGCCUUGUGUCCAUGGAGGGGGAAACUAAGCUUUAAGGUCUACAUGAAAGACAAGCCUGUCAAGUGGGGAAUAAAAUUGUACCAUCUCUGCGAAAGCAAGUCUGGGUAUGUCUGGCGGUUUGAAAUAUUGUGCGGUAUGCCUGGACUGAGCAAUAGGCCGUAUGAUGUUGUUCAGCGUCUUUUGGGGCCCCUGAAGUCCCUUGGCUACUGCCUUUACACAGACACAUACUACACCAGUCUUGCUCUUGCUGAGGACUUGGCCUCCAGCAACACAGGCUUCACCGGAACUGUUUUGAGCAACAGAAUAGGCCUGCCAAAAGAAUUCAUGAACACAAAGCUUGACACAGGGGGUGUUGAUUUUAGGCGCUGCAAAAACACUGUGGUGUUGCGAUGGAAAGACAAAACAGAUGUGGCAGUCCUGUCCACCAUUCACAGACCUCAGAUGGUUGCUGUGAAUACCUGUACCAGUGUAAAGAAGAGGCCCACAGCUAUUGUGGAUUACCACAAAAACAUGGGCGGGGUGGACCUUAACGAUCAUAUGAUUUCCUACAACGCUUUCUACAGGAAGACCACAAAAUGGUGGAAGAAACUUGCCUUCCAUAUGCUGACUCUCACCAUGGUGCAAGCCCACUGUCUGUACCUAAAGGUCAGAAAAAUUAUUGGUAAACCAGGUAUGUGUCUUGAAGAUUUUAUGAUUUCUGUUGGUGAAGAUUUGGUGACCAUGCCAAAAAGCGAUUUGGAACAACCAACAGGAGCUGCAGUACCUCAGGAUCCUCAACAACUACGCCUACAGGGGAAGCAUUUGUCACAUUUUCUUGUUCCUCUUAAAGUCAGAAGAUAUUGUUGUGUUUGUUACGCGAGGCUAAAGGCAGAAGGUACAGAUUCCAAAUAUCGGAGGAAAAGGACCCAACGCACUAAAUGGGAGUGCCAGCAGUGUAAGAAGGCCUCUGUGUACAUCCCUGCAUGA